AAAAAAUAAAUCAAGAAAAAUAAAAAAUGAAAAUUACAGCUGCAAGCAGCAUUCAUCAUGAGCCAAGAAUCAGUAAUCUGUCCUUUAGAUGGCAGUGCACUACCACUAUUCUUCAGUAUGAAAAUGAAACGGUAUGUCUGGAAUAUUAAAAUAUUAGUAAAUGCCUAGUAAAUAGUAAAUGCUUUCAAUUGUUAAAAAAUACAUAAAACAACAGUAUACACACAUCUCUUCAUUAAAUACAGGCUACUAAUUUCCAUGACACCAUAAAUUAAAUUAUACAAUUUUUUUUCAUCACAGUAACAGUAAUUAUCAUAAAAACGUAAUAUGGAGUCUUAAUUGAGGUUAAUAGUGCAAUUUUAGCAUCAUUAAGAUACUUUCAUAGUUUUAUUAAUAUUUAGAAUCUAAUUUUUAUAUUUACUAUUUUGUUAAUUUAAUUUUGGUAAAAGUCUUUUUUGACCAUUUUUAUUGGUUUCUUUUUUUUUGUAUGUAUACAGGUUUUAUUAAUUUUUAUUUCAUUGGGAAAUGAAAAUGUGAAAUGUUGCCUAUACUAGCUGCUGAAGUAAAACAAGUUUAAGUUUUACUAUGUAUUUUGGUGUAAACUGGGAUGAAUUUCAUAAUGGAACCUUUUUUCUUAGCAAAAUUAAAAUAAAUAAAAUGCUCAAAUAAUAAAUAAAAACCAAUCAAUGAAAUAUAAGCUCAAGUGAUUAAUAAAUGUUAAAUUCAAUUUAUUUUCAUUAUUUGAUGACUCAAUGAGGUGGGCGUGGUCGUCGCGUAGCUUCAGCCUGUCAAUCACUGAGAGCGCGCGCGUGUGUAAUGUCUCCCCUCAGACAGUUUUACUUUAGAUUAGUUAGUUAUGUCCAGUUUUAAGUGCACAACUGACCUGUUUAACUCUGUUGUCUUGUGUUAAUGAAAUUAAUUUAAUUACUCUAUCGCUCGUCAUUUCAACAGAACCGAUACUUCACGAUAUAUUCAGCGCGAUCGCUUAAGUAUCGAAUUGACAGGCCACAUCAAAGCCAAACCAUUUAAAAAUUUGACAUAAUUCCGUUUAACUGAGGGGGUGAAAUGUGUAAUUUUGCUUGAAACUGCACUCCAAUCGCGUGAAGAUGAUUCCACAACAAGAUGUAGUUGACACCUUGUAAAUUCGCAGCUUUUAUGUUUAUUUUUAAAGCUCCUUUGAUGUGAUUUCAACAUGAAUUCCUGUGGACAAACCCAACAAAGUGCCACUUUCAUCACUGUCGGGUUUAAAGGUAUUGAUUACAUCUCUGAGGCCUCAGUCAGACACAGAAUGAUGAUUGGUUUGUUAGAACUUCCAGUUCCUUUCCAGCUGGUCAGUAACAUCUACCCACACAACGGACACCUGCAGGACAAAGCUUAUAGAGUACCAUGGAAGAACAAAACAUCAGUUUGUACUCUACAAGUGACUGGGUCUGUAAUGGAUGAUUUGAAGGCCAGCACACGUUUCAGCGACUGUUUGGAGAGGUUUAAUGUGUUGCAGACAGGAAAAGGUCAAGAGGAAGUGGUUCCCAGCUCUAACCCUGCCUCUCAGUGCAGUAUUUCUACCACAGAAGCCCUCUGGCUCCUAGAUGGAGUCGAGAGCAGUACCUCAAGAUCACCUUGGGAAGAGAGUUUUAGUCCAUGUUCACCAGAUACAUGCUGUUACGCUCUUUCUCUGCCAGAGGAGGUGAUAUUCAGUGACCGUCUGCAGCAGUUCAAAAGCCACCUACCUCCAUUUCAAAGGAUGCUUCAGAGGCUGAGCAUCAUGAUUGUCUCGGAUCCAGUUCACAAUUCAUCAGUAAAUCUCUUAGAAGAGGUUAUUUUUAGACACUGUGCUUCAUAUGAUGCAGUUUUAGACAAGGUAACAGGUGCCACGUUUGCUUUAAAUGCUACAGAAGAGUUCAAAAAAGAAGCAGUACUGAACGAAGAGUGUCUGAUGUUGCCUGUUGAAGUUCAUAUGGACUGCUUUCCAAGACAAGAGCCCAAUUAUUCCUUUGCACAAAUGCAAGAUUUUCUAAAUGUCACCCGUGAACCAAUAGAAGAAUGUUUCCCUUUGAAAGAUCUUCUCAAAGAAGUCACCACUGCUGAUAAACACACGGCUGAGUUGGAGCUCCUGGAAAUGCCUGAAAGCUGCUUUGCUAACAUCACCUUCAAGGAGCCACAAUCUCCAGUUGCUUCGAGGUCUUACGCUGAGAUGGAAUUAGACCUGCUUCUUUCACCAUCUAGUCAUACGCUGUGUCUGCCAGACCUGUGUAUGUCCAGCAAACAGCUGUCAGCUGAGAUUCUGUCACCAGUUUAUAAGCAGCAUUUCAUGUCAGACAGUGAUUGUGAAAAUAUGGAAAAAGCUGUUUGGAUGGCAGAGAAACAUCCCCAAUGUGUGGCUCGAUUUUUACUUGCUGAACCAGAGGUAGCUAAGCCACUGGUCCACAUUCAGUCACUCCCAGAGCUUCUCACACUCCUGAAGGUGGAGGUGGAACAGGUUGCAGAACCCAAAGACAAUAUGGGUCAGUUUCACCUCACUGGCAGUACAGUGAUGCUUCCUGAAAACAUCUUCAAAAAUCUCUCCAUCUAUACUGAGAAAAUGUCCACAGAAGACUGUAAGAGAGCUGUGAGAAAGCCACAUGUGGAUGAAACAUUCUCGUCACUGUCUAUUGUGAAUAUAGAUGAGUUGCUGAGUAAGUGUACUUCAAAUGCAGGCACCACCGCAGAUCACCUUUCCCAGAGUAAACCACUGCAGUCAGCUGUACCUACACAGGUGGAUAGAGGUACGACUGUGAAGUUCCUUAUAAUGGAGUCUCACCAACAAGACAGUUCUACAAUGACCACAACCAGAGGAGACUGUAAAGCUGCAGAGAUAAAACAACACAAGUCAAGUCCAGAAGAAAGAUGCUCUGGGAAUUCUUCCACAAGGCCAUCAGAACAGCAGGCAGUCAUCUCUAAAGUGAUUGAGAUGUCUAAGUCUUCUCCACUGAAGCCCAGUGUUAAAUAUAUUGAAGUAAUAUCCAAUAUACAAACACUUCCUAAGCAGUCAGAACAGAAAAGAGAAGAUAUGAUCUCUAAAUCAUCUCCAUUAUCAAACUGUUUGAGAGGCAGAAAGAGAAAUAAUUCUCUAGUUCUGUCUCAUGAAGACCUGAACCCUUUGUCGUCUUUUCUAACAUUAAGAACAAUGAAAAAAUGUCCAAUGCAAAAACCUCAACGGAGCAGUCCAACAUCUGCAGAGGUAAAUGUGAGUCAGAAUUCCACAGGAAAAGCCCUGUUAGAGAACAGAAUAAAAACAGCGAAUCACAUCUCAGAAACACAAAGCAGUGUCAUUUCCACUGAGACGAGCUUUCCCCUUGAAGAGAAACAAGAGACCAUCAGCAAGACUUUAUACGUCCAAGCCACAGAGUGUCAAAGAGAUGCAUAUAGGGAGCUGCAGGCGUUGGCUCUGCCCUCUCUGAGUAAAAUGCAGGAGCUGGGCAUCUCUGCUUUGAACAACAGAGACUUUGGUACUCUGUCUUCUGAACUCACAAGAUUCCUCGUAAAGCAGCAAGAGAGAAUGCUUCGGACAGAACAGAAUGGGGAGAGUGUGCUUAAUGAAAUGACACUUCUACAUAUUCUGGUCACGCUGAAGGAACAUGUUCUUCUCACAUGUGACCUCAGCACAGCCACUGAUUACCUGGCUAAUGUGAAGCAUUCCUGUGCUUUGAGCUGUCUGGAUGAGCUGUUGAGAAAGUUUGAGGUGCUGCAGUAUCUGAGUCAGGAGAGACAGGAACCCAAUCCUAAACUAAUGGAGCUCCAGGAGCAAAUCAACACAUGGAUGAAUUCCCAUUCUAACCACAACAUUAAAGUUCUAGUUUUGACAGUGAACCGUGUCAACACAGAGUUGCUUGUAGCUCUCAACCAGGCACGAGGAAACUCCGUGUCUGAAGUCAUCCCCAAUGAAGGAAAGAGUAAAGUUGUGAGCAGAGAAGUGAUGGACAGACUCUCCUGCAGUUGGUGUCUUGUUGUGUGCAGUCAGCACGUUGGUCCUGACUUCCCUUGGCAGAGUUUCAGCAUGGUGUUUGAGCUUCAACCUGUGGGUCACUCACCCUUCGGCAGUGUGUGUUCAGAGAGAAACGUCAACUUUAUCUCCUUCUCCACUGCAGUGCCUGAAUCCAAUUUCUCAGAAGAAUCUAUUUCGGCAUCAUAUCUGGACACUAUUCCAUUUGUGUUGCUCGUCACUGAUGGUUUACUGAGACGCUUAAAGAUGCAACGCACACUGGAGUCAAUGUACAAUAUGGUUCUGCUGGAGAGGAAACACUCUCCAUCUGCACUGCAGCUGGGUGGAACCCAUUAUGAUGUCAUCACUGUGGACGAGAACACCGCCAUCCUCAUCCAGGAGCUGAGUGAGCUGGACAUGAGGAUUGGAGUGGCGUCUGAGCUUGUCGUGAUGAGACUCACGGUCCUCUCUCUGCAGUUCAGCCGCUGCUGGGUCAUUCUGCACUGCACUGAGAACCACAGGGCACUGUCAGUUUGAAAUACAUUUAAAUCUGUCUAAUCAUGUUAACAAUCACCCAGCAUUAUAUUUGCUGGAUGAAAUCCAAUACUUGUUUCUUGGUAAUUCUGGGGUGCCGAUUCCAAAAAUUGUCAUGUUUGGCUCUAGCACGUCACACUUUAUCACAGUGUAUGAUGCAGUUAAUAGCAUGUUUGCUUUUGGCAACCAUUUGUAAGGUGAAGACGUCUUAUAUUAUCCCAUAAUCCCAUAAAAUCCCAUAAAUUUGUUUUAUUUCCUGUUUUUCCCCACUUUUAGAUUUCCAGUAACAUCUAUCUCAACCUGCUUCAUGUCUACUCUGCAUCUGUGUUGUUUGGAAACAAGUCUGAGAAGUUUGAUGUCAAGGUGUUACUGGUGUGUGAGGAAGAAGAGAUAGCAACCUACAUCUAUAAGAUCUCCUUACAUACGCUGAUGAACUCAGAGAGAGAUGGACUGAGCUGGUUGGAUAGAGACUUGCUCACUGUGCAGCCUACAGAGGUAAAUGACAGGUCUAAAAUGUUUCUAGCACGAAAAAAAAAAAAAAAACGUACCAAAAUUUAAAUCGGAACUGUGUACACAAAAUGCUGAAGAAAAAAAAUUUCCUAUCAGAUCUUUGUUUAUGACUUUUUGCACCUUUAUUAAACAUUUAAAAAUGCACAAAUUAAUAUUAAAAAUGUUUCGAUUUAUAUGUUUUCUUUGGCCAAAUUAGAAAUAAUGUUUUUCUUUUUAAAUGAGACUUAGAGCAAUGUCUCUGGAACCAGUAUGCUAAUACAAUUUGAAAAAAAAGUGAAGGGGGUCUGAAUACUUUCUGAAUGCACUAUAUAUAUAGGGGUGGGCAAGUUAACGCGUUAUCGUGUUAACGUUUUAAUUAAAUAACUCCGACAAUUUUUUUAUCA